ACCUCUAAACUACGACUGUGCCCGCACACCUUACAAUUCCCAAGCCAACUCCGCUUGCAACACUACGCAGAGCUGCGCGAUUAUGUCGACCCCCUCCGGCGGCAAGUCAGGGAACCCGCGUUCGCCAGCGGUCUUCAGAGACUACCUUAGUCAGGUCGAAAGCCUGUUUCACGCUUUCCAACGCGCGAAGCUCGAGUCCGAAGACGGUGGUGUACAAGUGUUUCGUCAAGACAUCUCCGCACCAUGCGGAAGGCGGGAGAGGGGCGUUUCGAAACGCGGCCAGCGUGCGCCUACACCGCUGUCUACGAUUCCCUCCGUGUAUUUCGAUGAAUACUUUCGCCUCGAGAAUCCGCGCACUUUCGAUAUUGUCAGUGAGCAUGCGGAGGUUGUAAGGCAGCCACUGUCUACCACGGGAGACGAUAGCAAGGGUGCUAGGAAGCCGCUUAUUGCCGAUGCUAUAUUGCAAGAGAAGCUAUCGUGGUACAUGGACACUGUAGAGAUUCAUCUGAUAUCUUCGAUUUCGCAAGCGUCAGCCUCUUUUUUCGCCGCGCUCGGCUCUCUUCGUGAACUCCAGGCCGAGGCGGCCGACUCUGUUGCACAGAUCCAGAAGCUGAGGGAGGACCUCGCACGUUUGGACAGGGAGAUAGCAGUACGCGGUUUUGAGAUCAUCAACAUGAAGCGAAGACGGGACAAUCUGAGAAAGCUAGGCGAGGCUACCAAGCAGCUUCAAAGUGUCCUCAGCGGCGCUAGUUAUUGCGAGGAACUCGUAGACUCUAGGCAGCUAGAGACGGCUAUACACCACAUCACGUACGUCGAACAGCUUGCAUCCGGAACGCUAGAUCCAAAAAUUCACGGCGAGUUGCAUUGGCUUUUGCCGAACCCAUUUAUCGGGCUUACCAAUCUACGCCGACUACACGCUUUUGAAGGACUGUCGCGAGGCAUCAACCAGCUUCGCCUGCGGAUUAGGAAAGAUUACGAAGCCCGAUUGCUGGACGUCCUUUUGUGCGACCUGCGCCGACAUGUGUCCAGCGUACCGCCGAGAGAUACUCUAGCACGCUGGACGGAUGCCGCAAAACGUGCACGCGGUGCCACGGAUGCCUUCUUAUCGACACCCGCGUACAUGAUGACUGCAGAAAAGCUGCGCGAAGAACUCACCCCUAUUCUGCAGGGACUUAGCCAGUCGCAGUAUCUAGCUGCAGCAAGCACCACGUUUCGUGAAGCUGUCAUCCGAGAGAUAAAGUCUCUUAUCCGCCAGCACCUACCGAGCUCUACCAACGACGACAAUAAGACUGUCGCGUCUACGUCUACGCAGGCAAGCGGUCGACGUCUAACUCAGCAGGAGAAGUCGAGUAUUCUGUCUCGCAACUUGCGUGCUCUUAGUCCCAAGGACGCCGAAGCGUUCUUCGUUAAGGUCUACUGCGGGAUAGGCGAAGCAUUACGAAGGCUUAGAGUACAGAUUAAGGUUCUCCUCGAUGUUACAAGCGGCAUAAAGAAGACUCCAAGCAACGUACUCACGCCGUUCCAAAGUCCGGAAAGUAUGGACAAUCCGGUAGUCCGUCCGCCCAGCCUUUCGAUGGGAUGUAAUUUGCAAGAAGAGAUUACUCAAGCUCUUGACAUGUCAAGUCUCCUUGAACAGGCAGUGGACAAGGCACAAUUAGAGACGACAAAGGUGCUGCGAGUUAGAACUGAGCAAAUUGUUCGCCUUGGAUUAACCAAUUUCCUAAGAUACCUGACGCUGAAUCGCUUUUUUGUCAAUGAAUGCGAGGCAGUCUCUGGACACUCUAGGGCGGCGCUUAAAGGCGUCGUGAACAACCAAAUCCAAGACUUUGUCUCACUUCUGCACGAAGUAGAAAAGCAGAAGCUAGCGCAAAGGAUGGAUUCUGAGAAGUGGGAGCGCAUCGAUUUCAAGCCCAGGGACGCAGUAAUCCUGGCGCACAUUAUCCAGUCCAUAACCACUGAUCCCCCAGCAUGGACCGCAGGCCUGGAAGCGGACGAACGGAAUUCACAGACAAACGGCACCCCUGCGGAGCCUGGGAUCGCUGCUAAGCACGACAAGAAAGAUUCGACACUAGCGGUCAUCGAGGAGGAGAAGUUUAUGCUCGUCGAUUCGGCAGCAUGUGCGCUUCGCGGCAUAGAGCAAUACACAAUCCUCCUGGCAUCGGUCCCUAGCAUGGCCAACGACAUCUCGACAUUCCUGCUCGACUAUCUCAAAUUUUUCAACUUUCGCACACAACAGCUCAUUCUUGGUACCGGCGCUAAGUUAACAGCUGGGCUGACGAAUAUUAAUACUAAGCACCUUGCCCUUGCCUCGCAGUCGCUGUCCUUCUUCAUUGCCCUAGUACCCUACCUGCGCGAGUGUGUCCGUCGUCGGCCGUCUAUCACAGGCUCCGACAUGGCAGAAUACGACCGGCUGAAGCGCUUGUUCCAAGACCAUCAGUCCUCUAUCUACAACAAGCUCAUCGACAUAAUGAGUGUUCGCGCGACCGUCUGCAUCAGAGCGAUGGAGAAGAUUGAGUGGGACGAUGAAGACGAGGUGCAUGGGAACGUCAGUCCGCACGUAGAGACGCUCACGAAAGAUACGCUCACACUACAACGAGUGCUGAGCAAGUACCUGCCGGAGUCGAGCGCGAGGAUGAUCGUUGGACGGGUCUUUGUGAGCUACAAGGAGCAAUGGAGCAAGGCAUUCGAAAGUGCGGUAAUACGGACCCAGGCCGGGCAAGCGAGGCUUCUGCGACACGCGGAGCUGCUCGAAGCAAAGCUCGGCAAGAUUGACGGCGCAAAACAGCUCGGCGCGCACAUGAUCAAUAUUGUCAAGGCGAAGCAGGUCGCAUCCGAGGGCACGCCCGCAUGAGUUGCGGCUGCAACCAACGAAGCACGGCGGGAGAGACUUAAUGUAGUAUUUGAUAUCAAAAGAGCCUGCUAUAGACAAGGCACCGUGCCUUGCGGCUCGUUCCGCAAGGAAACCUUCCCAGACAGCGGAUGCUUGCAUUGACGAAGACCAUCAGCGGAGGCCCGAACCGCAAGCGACUAAAGAAAUCCCAGCUACCCCCAACGAUGAGCCUGGAUGUAACGUAGGUAUGCGCCGCCCGACCCAUCAGCGAUUUCCAACCAUUUCU